UAUGGCUGGAGUGACAGAUCGAGGGUUAUAUACCCGUGUACAGACUUUGUGCAAUACGUGGAACCAAACCACUAUAUAACCUAACGCAUUUAUAACGACAGUACACACAAAUAUAACAGUCUGUGAGAUAAGCACAGCAUAUAGAUAUUGUCAGGUAAAAAAGAUACAUUUUUAAGCAGAACAACAUGGGUUCAUUAUUGGCUAAGCUUGCUGAUGUGAUGCAGAGCUUUUCCGGUGGACCCCCGUCCCGAAUAUUGAUGCUGGGCCUGGAUGCUGCAGGUAAAACGACGGUCCUGUAUAAGGUCAAACUGAACGAGAAAGUCUCUACCAUUCCGACGAUCGGGUUUAACGUAGAGGAAGUGUCCCCGUGUAAGGGGGUAUCCUUUACCGUGUGGGAUGUCGGCGGUCAGGACAAGCUCCGACCUCUAUGGAAAGUUUAUUUCCAGAACACAGAAGGUCUGAUUUACGUCGUAGACAGCAAUGACAGGGAAAGGAUCAAUGAGGCCCGAGAUGAACUAUCUAAUAUACUAGACGAUGAUGAAAUGAGAGGUGUCCCGGUUGUUGUGCUUGCAAAUAAACAAGACCUUCCAUACGCCAUGAACACAUCAGAAGUAGCUGACAGGAUGGGUCUGACGAAACUAACCGACCGCAAGUGGUUUGUACAAGGGGCAUGCGCGACGAACGGGGCUGGCCUAUUUGAAGGCAUGAAAGAAAUGGCACGACUUACAAAAGAAAACAAAAAGAACUACAGAUGAGAUAUCUCUACUUAAAACGUUAAGAUAUUGCCCACCAUGGCAUUAAAUCCACAGACAGCAUCAACCUGCCUUGCUUCGAAUUCGCUGUCAUAUGUGUGGCUGUGACGUCGCAGUCAUAAACUACACUACUAAGUUACCAAACCGUCGAGGUCGUAGGGAACUCGGGAUGGAAGAUGGCAUUGGUCACAGAUCGAGUUUUAAUAACUCGGAGAUAAGUGUACGGUGUGUAUUAUAAGACUCUGUCAUGCCCAUGGUUUAGGAUAGAGAAAUUCCACCCCAGGGGAUUUCAAAUUUGGUAAAACCCGAGGCUUUGCCGGGGGAUUUGCUAAAUUGGUGACAAUCCCGAGGGUGGUAUUACCUAUCCUACACCCUUGGACAUGAAAGAGUAAUUUUCUCUCAUUCCAACUACCAGGAUAGGCUCAGAAACAAUGAAAAUGCGUUUGGACUGGUUUGGACUGGUUUGGACACGCUACAAUUUUGAAAUUCUUUAGCAUUCCAAACAUUUGCAAACAUAGUUUGCUCAGAAAUUAAUCUCCUCUUUCUAACGUUUACGGUAAAUAUAUCGUAAAAGGUUUUAAUUUCAUCACGUCGCCUUUUCCGCAUUGCAGCA